AUGCAGUCCACAGAAGAAACCUCUCGAAAACCUGAGAAUAUGUGGAAAGAUGUUUACAAGAAACUGCAGAAACAGAAAUCUUCGGAUUUUCAAAAUUACAGAAUCCAGCAGGUGGACGGCGGCUUCUUCGAGAAAUUCGGCUCGCUGCUGCGCGAGCAUGCCGAGCUCACCGCCGCCCGAGAGGCGGUCGAGAAGCGGCGGGUGGUCGAGGCGUUCGCCCAAGCCGUCCCCGCCAGGCACGACGACGACGACAGCGAAAACGACCGACCGCUGCCGACGGUGGAGAGCGGCGACGAGGCCUCCCUGUCAUCCGACUCGGAGGUGGAGGGGGAUAAGGACAGGACCGAGCUGAUCGCCACCGCCUGGAACAUCGACGAGCUCUACUGCGAAGUCCUCUACGAGAUCCUGCACAACGUAGGAUGCGAUGUCGCUUUGGAAGUGGGCCAGACGGCGCUGUUCUCGUACGCGCAGGACGCCUUCAAGAUGCCCAACGACAAGCACCACCACUUCAUGGAGCUGGCCGAGAAGAAGGAGGCGCCCGAGCUACUGGUCAACGUCGAGGUGAUCGAGGCAAAAGAUCUCAAGCCUAAGGACUCGAACGGCCUGAGUGACCCGUUCGUGACGCUCUAUCUGGCCACAAACACGACGCACAGGUACAACACGUCAGUGAAGACAAUGACGCUGGAUCCGGUGUGGGAGGAGCAUUUCGCCUUACCUAUAGCAGAAAACAACAAACAGGACACCUUGUGUUUGGAAGUCUGGGAUUUCGAUCCAGCAGAAUCCGUGAAAGAAAAACUGGGCAAAAUAUUCGAUGUGAAAGGAGUCAAAGGAAUGAGAAAAUUGAUGAAGGAAAUCGCAGUCACAGCGACAAGUGGACAGCACGAGAACGAGCUCAUUGGUAGAGCCCAGAUUCCACUAGGUACAAUUCCCGCAUCAGGUAUGACAAUGUGGUACAGUUUGGACAAGAAGAAUAAAGUCACUCGACAAGGGGUGCUCAAAGUUAGGAUAGCAUUCAGCUCGGAGAAAAACAACCAAGUUGCUAAACAAGAAUACCGACACAUGCUGAGGAUGAUUUUGAUGCAUGAACUAGAAGUUUCGAAGGUCGCCCCCCACUGGUGGUGCGGCUCGUUCAGCCCCCCCGGCGACCAGCUCCUCGUGCAGCACGUGGUCCAGUCGGGCAUCCCGGCCGUCGAGGCGCUCCUCUGCCAGUACUGCGUGUACGCCUUCGUCCACCAGAGCCACGCGCUGAGCCUCACCUUGUUCGCGAACUCCCUGGAGAAGUUGGCGAAGCCGAUGAGGACCGACGGAGUUUCCGAGGAGGACUGUAAGUUGUUUUGGGACGCGACGAAGCGGCUGUUGCCGUCCUGUUUCGCGGUGGUGAGGAAGAUCAGGAAGAAGAAUUGCAACGAGAAGACGACGAUGAAGCAGGUGACCGAAGUGCUGAAGAUCCUCAACCACAUCCACUCCUUGGAGCCCCCCGCGAACGUUGACCUCUUUCCCGCUACCAGCUACCCCUGGGCCACCUCUGCAGACUGUGCCGAUCGCAGCAUCCCGUCCACUUUGAACGAUGCCGUGGUGCGGGGGGCGUCCGAUUGGUUGGAUUAUAUUUUAGAGAAUAACGAGAGGCCAGACGAGAGUGACGUGUCGCGGUUGCAGAGUCUCAUUCAGAUCAUACAGCUGGUCAGGAGCGAUUUGCAGAAGGCUAUCGAGUUCUACGAUAAACUGUUUCAAGAGACUGUCAAUUUCCAAUACGCCAAGGCGCUGUACGUCUACUACCAAGUCAAACUAUCCACCAUGUGCGAACCGGCCGUAAUCGAAAUCUGCAAGAACCUGAAAAGACUGAACUACAAUGGCACCAGCAACAACGAAAACGCCCCUGACCCCCUUUCCGAGGGCACUUCCCUCUUCGAACUCUACCUGGCCAUACAAAGGUUUGCCACCCUGGGUCAAGGACUCUGUCCAGCCGACUACGACAGCUUCCACAUCAAGAAUUUCCAUCAGUGGUUCCAUGGUGGUGUGGCGCAGUGGUUGGACAUAGCAGUUUACAAAGCUCUGCAGCGAAUAGAGAAGGCAGUCGAGUUGGAUACGCUGACGCCCGUAGAUAAUACAGUGAAGUACAGUUCUUCGGCCGUCGAUACACUUACCAUAUUUUACCAGGUGAAAAUUUUCUGGGAACAACUCAACUGGCCAGACGUGGAGAGCUGCUACACCUUUAUAGCCAAAAUAAUCGAUGACAUCUGCCGCUGCAGCGUCUUCUACGCGGACAAGAUGGCGGAGCGCGUCGACGGCCUCGGCGACCACAGCGACAUCUACGAGAAGCGGUUCGAGGUGACGACCGAGUGGUGCCUGGCCAUCAACAAUAUCGACUACGUGCGCGAGACGCUCGAGCCGUUCACCAAGGACCUGGGCAUGGAGGACAUCAUUGAGAAGAUAUCGGAGCUGAAGAGUCCCGUGGAGGCGCAGCGGUGCCAGCACACGUUGGAGAAUGUCAUCGCGAAUGCGAUCGAUACUGUGAGGAAUAAGAUCGUGGAGUUGUUAGAGACGGUGGUUUCGAAGAUGGCUCCAGCAAUGAAGAGACUGUUGAUAGAAGGUGCAGAACUGUGCAACCAGGACAGCAACAGUAUCGAUAGACUGAUGAUGUAUGUCGACAAUAACCUUAGCACGUUAAAUAGAGAGCUGAACGAAGAGAAUUUCGAUAGGACAUUGGAAAUUGUCUGGGAUAUGUUGGCAGGGACGCUGAAAGAAAUCAUUCAAUCGAAUUUAGACAAAAGAAGGCCGCCAUCAUUUUUCGCCAAUCUUCGUAAAACCCUGAAUUUGAUGUUGGGAUCGUUCAAGAACCCCGAUGACUACAGCAGUUGUGAUGUAUUGAAAAAAACCGAGAAUCUAUUGAAAGUGAAUGGACUGGAAACAGCUGACUUAAUUCAUCAAGUGCAUCUUGACUUGGCGGAAGAUUUUAGAAAAGCCAAAGAUUCUCCUUUUGGAGAAAUAUCUGUGAGAGUGAAAUUCGAGGAAAAUACUCUUACAGUGGAAGUGAUAAAUGCAAGGAAUUUAAUAGGAAUGGAUUCUAAUGGGUCAUGUGAUUCAUUUGUAAGGGUCCAUUUGCUACCUGAACACAAGUUCAGUGGGAUAGAUAAGCCAAAGACUAAAACUCACAACAAAACUCAAUUUCCUUUGUAUGACGAGAAGUUUGUGAUAAAACUAAAUCCGGAACAAAGACAGUUAGAAGAUGGAUUAAUUUUGUUUAGUGUUAAGGAUAAGGACCUGUUAGGAUACAAUAAUCAAUACAUAGGAGAAGCAUUUUUAUCAUUCAGCGACAUUGAAGACACGGUUCAAUCUGUUGAAACUUUGUCUCAAAUCCAUUUACACUUAGGCAGACCUACAGAGAAGUUUAUGGCUUCCGAUGGAAUAAGAGCACUGGAACACAGACAAGGUGAUAAAUUAUCCAAAGAUUUCAUUAAAAGAUUCAAACAGAGAAUGGGCACAUAG